AUGCUAGAAAUCAUCCAAUUAUCACCAAAAACUGAUAAUGGAUAUUUUGUGGUCAAGUACAUCAAAAAAGUGCUAAAAAGUCCUGUAUUUUGGAUUGUGAUUGUUUAUACAAUAUUCCUGGCCUAUUCUACACAUAUAGAGGAUCCUAAGGAAAUACCGUAUCCCAUUGCUCAGAUCAAUUUCAAAACGUCUCGAAAAUAUAUUUCAAGCAAUUACGCGGCGUCUUCUCGACUGGGAAACCAUCUUUUCGAAUUGGCAUCAGUUUUAUCAAUAUCUAGAGAUCUUAACAGGGUGCCCAUAUUUUUCAUCGAGGAUUGUUAUCAUGAGAAAAUGUGGGAGGAUACCAAUAAUUUGAUACCAGGAUUGAUGAAUCAGUUUUGGUUAUUAAUGGAAAAAAAAAGAAUAUCUGAUUUAAAAAUAGCUAGAUUCAAAAAAAUUGCAUUUCAAAAGAAAACUUUCGAUUUAAAAAAAAAGAAAACUAAAGUAAAUAUUUUCAGGUUCCGCGAGCAAUACGACGAACAUCAUUCCAUGAAAAAUGUUGUACAUUUGACAAUCCAAAGCUGGAAAUAUUUCUCUCAAAUGCGCAACGAGUUGCUCGGUUUCCUGAAAACACCAGUCAACAACUUUUUCUACCUUCCAGUUUCCAGUGAAUCCACUUUUGUAACAUGCGUACAUAUUCGACGAGGAGAUUUUCUCCGGGUCGGUUUUCACGUGGCAGGGGAACACUUUAUUAAAAGUUCCAUGGAUUUCGUGCAAAAUCAAGAAGGCCGUAGUCGAAAACACAUGGCUACCGUAUUCUUCGGAGACGAUUUCAGUUUUAUGGAUUCAUUGAGAAAUAGAACAGUAUAUAAUACUCAAGACGCCUUCGUUUCCCAAAAUUCGCCAUCCGACGACUUGUUGUACUCGAAGGCGAAUUGUGAUGUGGUCAUUAUUACAGCCGCCCACUCAACAUUUGGCUGGUGGAUGGGAUACCUAUCCAAAGGAAACACUGUGUAUUAUACUGAUAUCAAGUACACAAAAGAUUAUAUUUUGGAAACCGGAGAAUUCACAUCCGAAGAUUACUAUCCGCCGCACUGGACACCUCUGAAAUAUGCUGGUUCUAACAAUUUGACAGUCACUCGAAGCUUUAAUUGA